AUGACCAAACUCCUGGAGUGGCUGUGCGGCGUGUCGGCGGUGCUGGUCGCCUGGGUGCUGGUGGCCUUCGACCCGCUGGACCUGAGCGUGCCCCGCACGUACCGGGAAGUGGCCUGGCCAAUGCCGCUCUACCUGCUGGUGUCGUUCGGCUGCUUCUCCCUGGCCACGGUGGGCUACCGGGUGGCCACCUUUAACGACUGCCAUGAGGCGGCCGAGGAGCUUCAGGCCCAAAUCAAGGAGGCCAAAAAGGACUUAAGGAAGAAAGGCUUGAAGAUUUAGAACUGUGGGACAACUAUUAUUACAUUUACAUGAGGAUACACUUGCAAAAAAAUGUGGACGGCUUGAGACCGGAAGCCAUUUAUGGCACACACAGAUGUGUAAAUACACGUGUCGAUUACAACUGACUUAUUCGUGUAUCAUACUUUAUAUUCAAACCACGAGUUGGAACUGUGGUAUGUAUAAAUACUAUAAAACAGGGAACAAAAGUAUUAUUUACACAUUCCUGUGGUCGAGUUUCUAGUUUUUUGUUUUUUUUUUUGGCACGCACCCGUCACUAACCACUUGUGCUAUUAGUGACGAAAAGACAUUUUUUUUAUAUUUUUUAAAGCACUCGUGAAUAAUUAAUUAUUUGAGGUUUUGUGACGGCAAUGUAAAAACAUGAAAAGAAAAUCGAAAAAAAAUACAAUAAAUUAAAGAUUUAUAAAGCAGUA